UCACACCGCCAUGUCUGAACAACACACACACAUUCCAAUUGUAUGGUUACGAUCGGCACUAAAGCAAUCGUCCCAGCCGGGUUCACCCUGCUUUCACCCGUUAUCCUCCAUGCCGUCGUCCCCAUUGUCGUCGCCACCUCCUUCUUCCUUCCUCACACUACCAGCAUCCAUAUCGCGACUGCCACCCCUCUCAUCCUCCUCGGCGUCGCCCUCGCGGUCCCCGUCAAUGAACAUGCAGCAGAACACGACUCAAUCUGUCGCCGGACAAGGAUACACGCCAAAAGUGUCGUUCGACACAUUCGAAAAUCCCGCCGCGUCCAUGUUCUCAUUUACCCUGCACGUGCAGUCGGAUGGAUACGCUAGGAGCAGAGCGACAAGGGACGGUGAUGAGUUGAUCGUCUUCAGAGGUGUCGAUCCAGAGGAUUUAGAGAAGGAUCAUGAAGUCGUUCGAGAGGAAGCCCGCGAACUCAUGCGGCAGAUUCAGGAGAAAUGUAUUGAGCACGAUCCAGAGCGGAAGCUAUCCAUCAUCGUCGAGCUUAUUGCUGGCAAAGUCACUACAACCCUUGAGCGGUUAAUUGCGCUGUACCGCCCAGACUCAAUCGUAGUGGGCACAAGAGGCCAGCGCGGCAUGAUGCAAGCCUGGGGUGCGGCGUUCGGCGCGCCAGGUGUGGGCAGUGUAUCAAAGUAUUGUCUCUCGAAUUCUCCCGUACCCAUAAUCGUCGUUCGCCCGGAAAGAAAGGUCAGAAAAGUACUUGCCAAGAGACGAGCUGACCCAAAGAGAGGUACCCAUUUUGAUGAGCUCACGAGGGCGAAGACACAGAAUAUACAAAGUAUUCCGAUGUCUCCCUCUGUCACGCAAGCGUGAUAUAUUUCACUUGUUCAUUUUUCUGCACAGAUGUACACAUUGAGUUUGUAUAUGUACCCAUAGUCACCCUGUAUUUCUAAUGCCUGAACAAAGUCGGACUUAUGCGCAA